AUGAACACACCCAGCCGUACGCGCUUCGAUGCCUCCUUCGGCGCAGGUGGUCUACGAUGUCCCUACCUCACUCCCGAUCCGCCCUCAAUGGUCGACCAACUCCCUAGCAUCAAGUUUGGUUUCGACGACCUGCGCGAUCGCAUGGCUCGCUUCACCCAACGGUUCGACCUUUUUAUCGAUCAAGGCCGCAAACGUGUACUUGAGGAGCGCAACCAUUUCCGCAUCAACAUGUCCGAGAUCCAAGAAUCCCAGAGAUCGAGACGCAGAGAACUCGAAGACACAUCCAACAAAUCCAUCGCACACCAAAACACUCUGGAAAAAGAAGCACAAGAACACGAAGAAAUGCAACAACAAAUCCAGGAACUCGACCUUCAACGACAGAACCACGAAGCUCACCGCGACGACCUCCGUUCUCAGAUCUCAUCACUACAAAAAUCUAUCCACGCGCGCCGCCAGGCUCAACAUCACCAUCAGCGACAACUGGACAAUCAAGCACGCCACAAUCGUCCAGAGUUGCAGUUCUGGGAGUCUCAUCUUUGUAUGCGGAUUGAAGGUCUGGGUGUGGAUGAUAGAAUCAAGUUUGUAUACACACAUGUGGAUCAAAGGGAUUGGGAUCGUCAAUGCGCGUUUGAGUUGAAUAUGGAGACCAAAGACUACCAGGUUGCAGCUGUGGAGCCGGCUUUGGAUGAUGAGGCUGUGGAUGCUGUCGUCGAGCGAUUGAACGAGUCGAGGGAUCUAGCUGCUUUCCUCAAAGCGAUGCGUGCCUUGUUCACUGCUACUAUCAGGCACUGA